AGCAAGAUCAGGCCUGCACGUUGCAGGUUUGCAACUGCUCCGGAGAGUCAGCAUUGCCGUUUCCUAGAAAGAGAGAGAGAAAGCUAGAGAGAUGGAGAUGUGCAUGGAUGACAAGAGCAAGCUGCUGUUCAAGAAGGGCAGCCAGAGAUCGGCGGCAGCCGGCAGCGGGGGCCCGGUGGGCCUCAAGGGCUGGGCGUCGUCGAGGGGCCCGUCCCGGUCGGUGCCGGGCCGACUGGCGAGCCUGGUGAAGGAGCAGAGGGCCAGGUUCUACAUCAUGCGCCGGUGCGUCACCAUGCUUGUGUGCUGGAGGGACUAGUGGGUUAACCAUCCAGGGCCAUGGGCUCCAGGGUCCAGUGACUGGGCCCAAUUGGGCCUAGUCUGGUGGUAGAUUCAUUUGUUUUUUUUUAGGGAAAUACAGUA